AAAGACAGUAUCAUCAUGACAGACGGUGACAUAGUCUUUCAGCUUUCAUUGAAAUAAAUCUGUAUCUUCUAUUUUCUCCUCAGUUGAACUGAACAUGGCGACAUACUUUCAUGCUACACCAAGUGUUGAGGGCAGAACUGUUGCUCUGGGCAUCAAGGGCUUUGAUUACUACCUAUCUUGCCGCAAGGACGGUGCCGAGCCGACUUUGCAUCUGGAGUCGGUUGACAAAGCCAGUCUGGCGACGAUCAGCUCGGACAGCGACAUGGUGCGAUUUCUCUUCUACAAACAGAUCAGCGGUGUGAACGUCAGCACCCUCAUGUCCGUCGCUCACCCUGGCUGGUACAUCAGCACAGCAGCAGAUACGGACAACAUGCCCGUGGAAAUGUGCCAAGAGUCCGCCAACCGCUACCGAACCUUCAACAUCCGAGAGAUAGCAGAGACUGGAUCUACAUCUGGGGGUCAAGCUUAAUCCUUUUUUUUUUAAAAAAAGAAAAGAUUUUGGCACUGAGUAGAGUGUAAUAUAUACUGCACUUCAGCUAGUUUGAUUCCAAUUUCGUUGUAAGUACCAAUGUCUGUGACAAAGACUUCUGCAAGUAUUACAGAGCAUCCUAUUACUGUAUGUACCAAGUACAGAGAGUAACAUGCUUGGUGUAUUGACAUAAGUCAAGUUUCACCAAUAGGUGGCACCAUUGUGCUGUCUGGUGAGCACCUGUGUAUUUAUUGUGCUGAAUGACAUGACUCACUGUUAAUGCUUUUAUCUAUUAAUUUAUUUAUCUAUUUAUGCACCAUUUUAGCAUAUAUAUUUAUUUGAAAAUCUGCUUAC